CCACCACCAGUAUUGUCAUAGCCACAUGCCUGCUCCUCAUUGCCUUGCCCACACCAGCGGCAGCCCGCAUGGCCUUUGAAAAACUGACAGAUUACGACUUUGCCGGUACGACCUAUUACAGUGUUAAGAAUCUCUCCCUAUACGAAUGUCAGGGCUGGUGUCGUGAGGAAGCCGAUUGUCAAGCUGCUGCCUUUAGUUUUGUCGUCAAUCCCCUGUCACCUUCACAGGAAACCCACUGCCAAUUGCAAAAUGACUCAUCGGCCCAUAACCCUUCAGCGGCUCCACAGCGUUCCGCCAACAUGUAUUACAUGGUGAAACUGCAGUUGCGCAGUGAAAAUGUCUGCCAUCGACCAUGGUCCUUCGAACGGGUACCGAAUAAGGUUAUCCGUGGUAAUGACAAUGCCCUGAUCUACACGAGCACCAAGGAAGCAUGUCUCUCGGCCUGUUUGAAUGAGAAGAGAUUCGUGUGCCGUUCGGUGGAAUACGAUUACAAUAGCAUGAAGUGUGUCCUCUCCGAUGCUGAUCGUCGUAGUGGUGGACAAUUUGUUCAGUUGGCUGAUGCCCAGGGUACAGAUUAUUUUGAGAACUUGUGUUUGAAGCCCCAACAGGCCUGUAAAUCCACACGGUCCUUUGCCAAUGCCAGAGUGGGAGUUUCGGAGGAGAAGGUAGCCCAAUAUGUUGGCCUCCACUACUACACCGACAAGGAAUUACAAGUCACUUCGGAAUCAGCCUGUCGUCUGGCCUGUGAAAUUGAAUCGGAAUUCUUGUGCCGCUCCUUCUUGUAUCUGGGUCAGCCUCAGGGUGCCCAAUAUAACUGCCGUUUGUAUCAUUUGGAUCACAAGACCCUGCCCGAUGGUCCCUCAACCUAUUUGAAUCAUGAACGUCCCUUGAUCGAUCACGGUGAACCCAUUGGACAAUAUUUCGAAAACAUUUGCGAUAAAUCGGCAGCUCCAUCGGCCAUUUCCACCAGCCCUGGACCAUUGGAUCAAUUGGAUCAACAAGAUAGCCUGUUGAGUGUACAAGAGGAUCCCGCCUUGAAUAUUACCCGCAAUGAUGUGAAUUGUGAUAAGACCGGUACCUGUUAUGAUGUCUCCGUCCACUGCAAGGAUACCCGCAUUGCCGUCCAAGUCCGCACCAACAAACCCUUCAACGGACGUAUCUAUGCCUUGGGCCGUUCCGAAACCUGUAACAUUGAUGUCAUCAAUUCCGAUUCGUUCCGUUUGGAUUUGACCAUGGCCGGACAGGAUUGUAAUACCCAGAGUGUGACCGGUGUCUAUUCGAAUACCGUUGUCCUGCAACAUCACAGCGUUGUCAUGACCAAGGCCGAUAAAAUCUACAAGGUCAAGUGUACCUAUGACAUGAGCUCCAAGAACAUUACCUUCGGCAUGAUGCCCAUCCGUGAUCCUGAAAUGAUUCACAUCAACUCGUCGCCUGAGGCUCCACCACCAAGAAUUCGCAUUUUGGAUACCCGCCAACGUGAAGUGGAGACUGUGCGCAUUGGUGAUCGUCUGAACUUCCGCAUUGAAAUUCCCGAAGAUACUCCCUAUGGCAUUUUCGCCCGCUCCUGUGUUGCCAUGGCCAAGGAUGCCCGCACCAGUUUCAAAAUCAUCGAUGACGAUGGCUGUCCCACCGAUCCCACCAUCUUCCCGGGCUUCACAGCCGACGGCAAUGCCCUGCAAUCGACCUAUGAAGCUUUCCGUUUCACCGAAAGCUAUGGCGUCAUCUUCCAGUGCAAUGUCAAGUACUGCUUGGGUCCAUGCGAACCGGCUGUGUGCGAAUGGAAUAUGGAAUCGUUUGAAAGCUUGGGCAGAAGACGUCGUCGUUCCGUGGAAAGCAAUGACACCAAGGAAGCCGAUGAGGAUAUGAACAUUUCCCAGGAGAUUUUAGUUUUAGAUUUCGGUGAUGAGAAACGUGAAUUUUUCAAAUCGGAUCCCAGCACAGAUUUUGCUAAAGAUAAGACUGUCACUAUCAUUGAACCCUGCCCCACUAAAACUUCCGUCUUGGCUUUGGCCGUUACCUGUGCUCUCAUGAUUUUAUUGUAUAUUUCCACUUUGUUUGUGUACUAUAUGAAAAAAUGGAUGCAACCCCAUAAAAUUGUAGCAUAA